CCAAAAAUUCAGAGAGAACAAAGCAAUGGCUACUUCAAGCGCAGCUAGGUGUGACGUGUUUAUCGAUUUCAGCACGAAGGACACGCGCAAUUCCUUCGUCAGCCACCUCUCGGCCGCCUUCCGCAGAAGGAAGAUCUCUGUGUUCAUCGGCAAAGAUUGCACCCGCACACUGGAGCCAAAUUUCCGGUUACCUGAAGUAAUUCAAUCGGCCAUUGAUGGAUCUAGAGUUUCAGUGGUGGUACUAUCCGAGAACUAUGCGUUCUCGCCACUCUGCUUAGAAACACUGGUGAAGUUUCUGGAGCGUCAACGGCGUAAAGACGACCUCGUGGUGAUUCCGGUCUUAUAUGGUCAAGUCACUCGAAUGAUGGUCGAACAACAGACAGAGAAAUUUGGAGAAGCUAUUUCCGAUCACGGGAAGUUAUAUUCCCAUGACCGGGUAGCCAAAUGGCGUGACAGUCUUAUCGAAACGGCGAGCUUGCCCGGUCAUAAAUCAAAUGACCAACUAAACGACUCAGAGUUAGUGGAAAGGAUUGUUGCGGAUGUGCGUGAGAAGCUGGAUCCAGCGGGUACUGUCGGGAUCUACUCAAGGUUGCUCGAUAUAGAAAACUUGCUUUGCAAGCAAUCUCAUGCCAUCCAUCGCCUCGGGAUCUGGGGUAUGCCCGGUAUAGGCAAGACUGCCAUUGCUCUUGCAGCUUACCACCAGAUGUCUCACGAGUUCGUUACUUCUUGCUUAGUUGAAGACUUCCACAUAGCCUUUCAUGAUAAGGGACUGUACAGUUUGCGGGAAAAGCAUAUUACCAAGGUUCUACAAGAUAGAACCGACACUAAAGCAAGCCGAUUUGUGGAGGGUCUACGAGGGAAGAGAGUUCUUGUUGUUCUUGAUGAUGUGCGCAGUGCGAUGGGCGCAGAGUCUUUCCUUGGUGGAUUUGAUUUUAUUGGUCCUGGAAGCGUGAUAAUCAUAGCAUCCCGAGAUAAACAAGUUCUUCACCAGUGUGAGGUGAAUGAUGUAUACGAAGUUCCGAGUUUGAACAAGAAGGAGGCUCUACGGCUAUUCUCCCGAUCCGCGUUCGGGGAAGAAGAACCAAGUGACGGUAAGCUAAUGGAGUUGUCAAAUAAGGUCGUUGAAUAUACUAAUGGAAACCCUAAAGCUCUCUGCUUCUACGGCGCGGAGCUGAAGAACAAGGGACGAGAUAAAAUGGAGGAGACUUUCCAAGAGAUCAAGCAAAGCCCUCCAAAGGAGAUUAUGGAUUUGUUCAAGAGUAGCUGCGAUGCACUCAGCGACAAUGAGAGGAGCAUCUUUUUGGACAUUGCUUGUUUCUUUAAUGGUGAAAAAGUAGAUCAAGUCAUGCCAAUACUUGAAGGUUGUGGUUUCUUUCCACACGUUGGAAUCGACCGUCUUGUCGAACAGUCUCUAUUGACGAUAUCAAAGAAUGAGAAGCUGAAGAUGCACAAUUUGAUCCAGGACAUUGCUCAAGAACUCGUCAACCGAGAAACAAAACAGAUCGAAAGGCGAACCAGAAUAUGGGAUCGUUCAAGUAUCAAAUCAUUACUAGAAUACAAUGAGUUUAAGGCCACUCAAGUUAUUGAAGGGAUAUUUCUUGACACAAAAAACUUAACCGUUGAUGUUAAUCCUAUAGCGUUUGAGAAUAUGUAUAAUCUUAGACUGUUGAAGAUUUACAGUUCAAGCUCUGAAACUGCUCAAGAGGUCCGCCUCCCUAAAGGACUUCACUCUCUGCCUUAUGAGCUCAGGCUACUUCACUGGGAAAGAUAUCCAUUACCAUUGUUGCCUCAAGAUUUCAAUCCUAGCCACCUUGUUGAAAUCAAUAUGCCUUAUAGUCAGCUUCGGAAUCUCGGGCUAGUAACCAAGAGUCUAGCAAAGUUGAAGAUAAUAAGUCUUAGCCACUCUCAGCAACUAGUUGAAGCUGAUGAACUCUCAGAAGCUUGUAGCAUUGAGCGAAUUGAUCUUCAAGGUUGCUCAAGUUUGGAGCACAUCCCAAACACUGGUCGGCUAAAGAAUCUUAAGUUUAUGAAUCUCUCUGGUUGCACAAGAAUAAAACAUACAGAGAUAGUAGAGACAAUAAAAGGAUUGAAUCAAGAAGGCGGUUUAAGAGAAACAAGACCUCGAUCAAUGGUGUUUGAUCUGCACGUUAGUGAAGCUGGAACCUGAAGAUAACAAAUCAGAACUAUUUACUACAUUGACGAGUACUGAGCUGCUCAGAAUUUCAAGCUUCAUAUCCCAGAUGUGUGUCUGAAGGAAGUAAAGGAUUUUUAAUCUAAACAAAAACGGUCAAUGCAAAAAUACGCUAAAUAACGAUUCAAACUCAGAUCAGGGUCUAGUGGCAUUUGACUGAAACCAAGGGAAAAAAAAUUGUUCAAUAGUUGACCUAUGGUAA